AAUAUUUAUUCUUUUCUAGCUGCAGCAGUACUCAACAAUUCUGAGUGCUUAACCCACAUUCUUCAAACUUGAUAUAUUUUAAUACAGUUAUAAUGUCAUUUUGCUCUACAUCAAACUCAAAGAAAUUUACAUCUCCACAGAAAACCACAUCAAAAGACGACAGAUUAAGACAACUCGAAAGUCGGAAAAAACUAUGGAUGACAGAAAUGACUAUAGAGAAAUCUAGUGCUUCGGUUCAAAAAAAUACUUCACUAUACUGCUCUGCUAUUGCUGCAAGCCCAGAAAAAAAUGAAUCUCGAAUACAGGCUGCACGAACAUCAACUCCAACCAUAGCUAGCAAAAAAACUCUGGUAGCUGAGAAUAGCUCAGAUUUGCUUGUAAAAAAUUGGUGUCUGCUACCUAGCAUCAGCCAGCCGAUUUUACAAAAUAUGCCAUCAGUUGAAAGAACUGAUAGUCAGCCUAUAGAAACCGGUCAUUCAAGAGAAAACCAAUCUGUUAUAGAGGAAUGGGCGUGUCCUAUCUGUCACCAAAAAAUGAGCAUGCCUGUACUAGCUAUUCCUUGUGGACAUUCGUUUUGUAAAAAUUGCAUCAACACAUAUAUUGAUGAUUCUCAAAAACAUCAACGGCCAAUAACAUGUAAUUGUUGUGGUAUGAAAAUUCAAGCGCAUGUUCCUAAUUUGGCGCUACGGCAGAUCUUGAAUGCGACAGAUACAUUGACAGAUCAAACACUAAAACAAAGGACAAAUUCUUGCAAAUCAGAUAUCCUGUCAGCAUCGUCGGCAAAGUUAAAUCUACAAGUAUUCAGACCCAACUCUUCGUGUUCAGCAAAUCAAGAGGUUUUGUCAAAGUUUUGUCCAGAUUUUGAUCAAGAUCCAGCACAAAUGGUAUCAAUAUACGAAGCACAGUAUCAACAGCUUCAGCAACGAUGCGUCCUAUUGGAAGAAGAGUUUGCUUUGUUGGAAAAAAAUCGAACAGCAAAACAAGCUAGUCUUGAAUCAACUCGUGAAAAAAUAGUUUCGUGUACAGCAGAAUCCAUCGAAAUAGAAAAUCUUAUUGACAAAUAUACCAAGCGAUCAAAAGAAUUACAGUCUACUCUCACUUCAUGUAAUGAGAAUGUGCUUAAAUUGGACGUGGAAGUUAAACACUUGAUGGAGCGAGAGGCUUUAGCUAUGACUACUUUGGAUGCAAUAGCAAAACGACGAGAUAAAGUCAAAGUUGUAUUUGAAGGCAUUCAAAGAUCGUUGCAGGACGCUGCAUAGAUUUUAAAACUAUCGAGUUUGCAUUAUUAUAAAUCAUUGUUGGCAGUGUCCAAAAACGAAUCCUUGAAUACAUUUGAUUAAAUUUC